AUAGAUCUAAUGCCACAUAGUUUGCCUCACUUCUUGUCAGUAGAUGCUGCAUGAAGCUGGGUUUCUGAUACAUGAGCUAUCUAGAUGGACCGUUGCACGCGGAACUUGUCUUUCGCCGCACAUAUGUGUAUAUAAGACGGCACAUCUAUAAAUCGAUCAAACUUUUCAACUUACAGCUUACGGUUCACAAAUUUUGAUCAAUGCUUAUACGUUCCUACGACCAAACCUUGCAAGCAUCGUCUUACCGUCAGUCAUCAUUCAACAUGGCGCCCUCGACCGUAGUCUUCGAUUAUAGGGGCCAGAUUGUAGAUAACUGCGAGUUCUUCUUAGCCAAACAUGACGUCGUCUCCGUAGUCACCGUCAAGGACGUUCUAGGAGACUAUAAAGCAUAUGCAAUUCGGUCCAACCAGAGCUCACGAGACGCCCUUCUCUCCUCCGAACCCCGUGCUACGCCUCUACUUGCCGUAGAAUCGCUUCAUGCCAAGUCGUGCGAGGCCGUCCGGCAGUUCAUUACUACCAAUGGGUUCUCCUUUCCCCCGAACUCCAAGAAAACUAGAUUUGACGAUGAUGACGACGAAGACGAGGACGAGGACGAGGAUGAUGGGAAUGAUGAUGACGAUGUAGCUUCUAUCUUCUCCAAUAUCCUAUCCGAUCGUCCCGCGCUGUCAACCGUGGCCUCGUCUUACAAGGCAAGCUCGAAUGGCGAGGUUAAAAUGACGCCUGCCACGUCCACGGCCACGGCCACGGCCCCCAUCACUCACGGCCGCGAGAUCAGAGACGAGAGAAGCAACAACAUCAGCAAGCCCCGCACCAACCCGCCCCCACCAGGUCGCCAGUCCCCCGAAGCUUUCAUAUUCCCAAACAUCCGUCCUCCUUACACGCUAUCCCAGGCAGAAGAGCUAGUCAUGGAGCUUAUGAACGGCCCCCUAUCCAACAACUACCCGCGGUUCCCCGGCCCCCCGCCGCCUCCACCGCCGCCACCGCCCGGAUACAACACAGCCCCCAAGCCCCAACCAGCCGUCCCGUCCUGGCCCCCCGUGGCGCGCGGCUCAUCCAUCCCGCCAGCAAACUUCUCGACCCCGGGCUCGCGCGGGCUACCCCGCGGCCAGCCCGCCACCACCAGCAGCGCGUUCCCGGCGGCCAGCCCGCGGCUAUACGACAUCGCGCUGACGAUACGGUGGGUGGGCCACGGCGAGGCGCGGGUGCUGGCCAGCUGCAAGGCCAGCGUGCAGGCGCUCAAGAACACGGCGGUGACGUACGUGACGCGGCACGCGGGGGCGUUCGACAAGGACGGCGCGCCGCCCAACCGGAACAAUCCCAAGUGGACGGGCUGCGUGCGGCUGCGGCGCGCGAGCGUGCGCAACGUGCACGACGAGGAGUACGACCUGAACAUGGAGCUGUACCAGGACGACGACUUGACGCGGCUGUGCAGCGGGAGGGGCAUUCCGAGGUUUGAGGUGGAGGUUGAGGACCAGGUGGAUGGGACGGUUUAGGGGGGAGGGGCUUGAUGUGGUGUGGUGUGAUACGAUACGAUACGAUAUGAUAUGAUACGGGGUAGGUUAGGUAGGUAGGUACCUAGGUAGGUAG